AUGCCUCAACAGCCUUCACUGGGCACCGACCGAUACGGCCUCGAGGCAAACACCCCAGUCAAGCAGGAGCCACUCGAAGCCGAGGUCGACUUCUCAAACAGUUGUAGUCAGAACGCCCACUACUCUUCGGGCGCUUUCCAGGCCAACUACGGCGGAGGCGGCGGCAACGACGCCCGUCUUCCCGGUGGCAACAGCAGUCGGUCGCAGCAGCAGCAGGUGGACUCUGAUGGUGGCGGUGCAAUGCUCCGACAGAUGCACUUUGGUCUCGGCUCGACCACUUCCGCCAGUUCGCGCAACUCGCAGAACUCCAGCAGUCGUCAUGGCAAGCACCACUCAAAGAAGAGCGUCGACAAGGGCUCCGACGAGUACAAAAAGCGACGGGAGCGCAACAACAUCGCCGUCCGCAAGAGCAGAGAGAAGGCGAAGGUUCGCAGCCGCGAGACGGAGAAGAAGGUCUCCGAGCUGGCGCGUGAAAAUGAUCAGCUGCGCAAGAAGGUGGACUCACUCUGUAAGGAGUUGAACGUCCUCAAGUCUCUCCUCACCACGGUUGGCGUUCCACCGGAAAGUGUUGACUCGGAGAUUGCCAAGGGCCUGCAGAUGGAGAGUCACGGAUUUUAG